UGAAUGCGACGAUAGAGUCAUCUUCCGCAACGCGAAUAAAGCAGGAGAAAGGAAACAUGGCAGCCCACAAGAGAACGAAGAAAGAUGUUCCGCGACAGUUUCAAAUAUUACAAGAGUCGAAAUCCUGCACCUGAUCUUAGCAAAGUAAUCGAUUUCGAUGAUCCGGAUCACGUCAGAGUUAAAUAUGUCAAACCACAAGUGAUAACUGAUGUACAGUUCGGGAAUAAUUUUGGGCUGAAACCAACGGAAAAGUGGAAAAUCUAUGAAUUGCUGGAUAUUCCCGGACUUAUUUUUAUCCGGGACCCGUUUACAUCGAACGGUCAACGAUAUUGGAUCAUGAAAUGCUUGAAGGACUACUCCAAGGAACCAUAUAAGCUGAAUAUAGAUGCCCAUAAUAUUUUAAACAACGAAAUAUGGUGGGACGUAUGUUUUCAGUCUUCUGAAAGAGCCAAAACUCUUCUACCAAAACUAAGAUGGGCGACGCUGGGCUACCAUCACAAUUGGAACACUAAACUGUACUCUGAAAGCUCUAAGAGUGACAUGCCGGUAGAACUAUUAGGUUUAACAUCCACUCUAGCGAAAGCAUUAGAUUUCAGAGACUUUAAGGCGGAAGCGGCGAUUGUGAACUAUUAUCGAAUGAACUCGACUCUCGCGGGUCACACGGAUCAAUCGGAGGUAAACAUUGCAGCACCGUUGUUCUCUAUGAGUUUCGGCCAAACGGCGAUCUUUCUCAUCGGUGGAUCCAGACAGGAGGAUCCUGCUGACGCAAUGUUUCUACGGAGCGGUGAUGUCGUAAUAAUGUCUGGCAGUUCUCGUUUGCGGUAUCACGGUAUCCCAAAAAUUUUAGCGGCAUCCGAGCCAGUUCCGUGGGAUGUAAGUCACAAUGACAGCUCGAAUAGUCUCACGUACAAUCAGGAUGAUUGGCACAAAGCGCGUGCUUACAUUGCCGAGACUAGGAUCAACAUAAACGCACGACAGGUUUUGGAACCUGGACAAAUUGUAUUAUACUGACAUCAUCGCGUUGAAUUUUAUAUUGAGUUGUAUGAUAAGUAAUUUCGGACUUUUCAGCUAAACCAAA